AUGGCUGAAUCCGAAGACAGCCAGCCAGAAUACAUCAAAUGUGCUCGGAUAGAUGAAGGGGACACCCCGGAAGCCAACUAUAGAUUUGUAUACGAGGUCAAAUGGAUCGGGCUACCAGAUGAUCCUCGUCAUAAUGGGUGGAUAAAUGAUGAUGAUUUCCAAGUCGAUCAAUAUACAAAGGCUUUUGUAGAAAACUUCUGGAAGGCAAGGCCCCAACCGACCCCCGAAUCGAAGCCCGACGAAGAGGGCUGCUAUGGCCUUGGUGCAAGGUUUGAAGCUUCCGAGAGCUACAUAGGACGGCAAGUGAGGGUGCGUGCGGCCCUUGGACUUCCCGAAACGCGUUCACGUCCCCAAAUGGCUCCCACCUCUGCAAAAAAACGGAGGCGGAGUCUGUCGUCCGAGAGUAGCGCCGCUGCCGAGCGUGUCAAUCGUAGACGUGAAGAAAUACCACCGGCUGGAGAGGGAUAUGAUCCUAUUCCUUCUCUAGAAAUUGGCGCCCCCCGGCCAAUGCUACGACCUAUUGUAGGGUCAGUGCUAAGUUUCAAGAAGGGAAAGGUUGUUGUCCUCGAUAGGUACAGAAAGGUCCUCGAGGCUCGGCGGUUUCGCGCUCGGGGUGGUCUAUUCUUACAACAGCAUCUCCGGAAGGAACGUGAGGAGCGUUUGGCAAUGGCCAAGAAGAAGGCAGAAGAGGCGCAGAAAGCUGCUGAAGAGGAGGCAAGAAAGGUCGCAGAAGAGCUGGCAGAGGCUGAAGGGGCCGCACGAGCUGCCGAGGAAGCACGUGUUAUCGAGGAUAAUGCUCGACUUGAAGAAGAAAAGUUGAUUAAGGCCGCUCGAGCAGCAGAAUGGGGCAUUCGACGAUCGGAGCCUCCAAAGCCUCCCUCACCACCUCCAUUGAAGGUUCUUUUAGGCCCGUCGCUUGAGGAUAAUGACUUGCCGGAUUUCGAAGACGACGUCGAUCCAACCGAUGUACAAGUCACGGUGCCACCAACCAACUUAUUUGGUGCCCCCAAUUCUCUACUUUUAGAUCCAGACGAUACAAAAGUAUUCACAAAGAAAAAAGCAGAUCCUUUCUAUUGGGCAAAGAAAUUAGCAGAAGAACGCAGACAAAAGGAGUUACGAUCCCGUCACCCUAUACUCAAACUCGAAGUUAACGAAGCUUCAGUUGAGGUGUUUAUGAAGGAUAUUGUCAACGAAUCGUCCCGGCCCCCGAACGCUCCCGGCGUUUCCAUAACUGCAGGGUCUAUUAUCGACACAAGCUCAACUCAAGAACAUGUAGAAGAUGUGAUCACAGGCAUCGAAAAGGGUUGGGUUCCUUCGGGAUCUAUUGCCCGGCUCGCUCCUGUCGAUAAGGCAUGCUGGGCUGUCCUUGAGGUACUGGCGCUUCAAAUGUUCGUGGACGUUUGCAUCACUACUCACAUUCAAUCUAUCCUCAUCCUUCCCCUUCUGAACAUGAUCCUCGCUCGAGCUGCCCUUUCCUCUGGGAUCAUAUUCCCUCUCUAUUUCUAUCCCUUUGAAGGUUGCACAACCUGGACAAAAGCUAUCUCGGCUGCUACUACGCAUCCCAACCUUCCUUUCUACUUUAUUGUCAACCCCAAUAGCGGCCCGGGUGGUUUGUACACUCAACCUGAUGCUAAUUAUCAAGCCUGCAUCCCCAAGCUCAGAGCGAGCGCAAACGUCAAACUCAUCGGAUACAUCCGCACAGACUACGGCCGAAUAGCAAAAUCGACAGUCCAGGCAGAGGUUGACACAUAUGCUCAGUGGAGCUCGGCUUAUAAGCUAGACGGGAUCUUUUUUGACGAAGUCCUGGCCCAGACCAGCGCUCGAACCAUUUACUCAGAUUACACUAGCUAUGCAAAAUCGAAAAUUCCAAAUGCCUUUGUUUCUCUCAACCCCGGCACAAAGCCCGACGAUACAGAGUUUUACAAAUUCGCAGACCAGAUUUUAAGCGCAGAAAAGUAUUUCACGGAGUUCAGUUCAGACACUUAUACCAUUGGUCCAUCGACUCCCGCUUCGAAGCAGGCCAUCAUCCUAACCGAUAGCCCGUCCACUGUUCCCACGAGUACGAUCAACAAAAUAAUCAAGACCGACAAGAUCGGCGCUUUGUACAUAACCAACGACACCCAAGCAGAUGGUCAGAACCCCUAUGAUAGCUUUCCUUCGUAUUGGACGAGCUUUGUCGACGCUGUGCAAACUGCAGCUUGCGAAAUAACGUUAAGCGCCAGGGGAACCUAUGACUCUCUGGGCGAAAUAAAAAGCAAGGAGCCAGGCAUUAGCCUCAUCAUCGCCCAGCUCACUCCAAUGUUCCGACGAAACGCUGCUCCUGCUCGCGAGAAACCGGCCGGCCAUCCUGGCGCGGGAGAUGGCUAUGGCCGUCGCGCCUUUUCGUUUGCUAUCGGUCUUGGCGUCUACUGGGCAAAGCCAGCACCAAGCAGGUCGUUCCCCGUCUAUCAUGAUUCCGGUGAAAUUGUCUACCCUCAAUUCGCGUAUCCUCUUCGAAAGGAGAUCAUUCCCAUCUGGCUCGCAGCUCUCAUCGCCUUUAUCGUCCCGUUCUUCUUUUUCUGCUUAUUCCAAGCACGUCGUCGAAGCAUUGAAGACUUGCUAUGCACAACUAUGGGACUUCUCAUGUCUCUCAUCACAGCCGCCGUCUUCCAACCCAAUGUCCCUACCUCUGGUGCCCAACACGGCAACGGCUUCGAGAUGAUCAUGUACGAUCGUAGUGUGUGUACCGGAGACGAGAAAGAAAUCAAUGAUUCGCUCGAGUCGAUGCCAUCAGGUCAUUCAACCGCCGGCUUUGCGGGGCUUAUUUACCUGGCCUUGUACCUUAAUGCUCAACUCAAGGUUAUGAGUGCCCAUAGCCCCGCAUACUGGAAGAUGGUUCUGUUCUUUGCGCCUGUUCUCGGCGCGGUGCUCAUUGCUGGCGCGCUCACUAUUGACGAAUUCCACAACUGUCUGGGACUUCCGCUUAACCACAUCCGUCUUCCACGCACGACUUCUCUAUUCAUGAGGCGUCCCUAUGCUGAUUCGGACGGUAGCAUGGGACCGUCGUUUGAUUACUCAAUGGGGACUGCGACUGAGAUGUUGCCAUUUACUCGUGAAGGUGGCUGGGGCUGGGAUGCAUCUGAAGGUGUGAAUGGAGCACCGUUUGAUGCUGCCAAUUCAUCCGGGGCAAAGGGCGCUGCUCGCGGGAUGGGCAUGAACAAUGGUAAUGGCCACUAUGGAGGAGGGGCUCUAGGAAGGGCGGAAGCUGGACAUUCGGACGCACGUGUCUAA